AUGUGCGGCGGACUUUCCGUCAGAUGUGCACCGACCCUAAAGGUUCGUUUUAAGUUCUUGCUGCUGGCUGCGACUGCCUACCACACAUGUCGCGACUGCAUGGCUGCGCGAUGUCAGAUUCUAGAAAUUGAUCCAGCUUGUGCUGAGUUUCAAACCAGUAGUGCAGCUACGGCCGACUUCAUGCAACUGCAGUAUGCAGUCGGCAGUCAGCUAGCCGGCGCCGCGUCAGACUCGGACAGCGAGGCGUCUCGUAUCGGAAUGCCGAACCGGCCGGACAAAGCGGAGAUACUGGCCGAGAUCGAGGCUAGCUAUGUUGCGGACACCAAUUUCGAUAUUGGCGUGGCCGGCCUGAUAGAAGAAGAAGUGGCUGAAGAGAACAAGUCUCUCCUCUGGUUCCUGCUGAAGCAGGUGCGACCCAGCAUGGACCUCAGCAAGGUUGUGCUGCCGACGUUCAUCCUGGAGCCGAGGUCCUUCCUCGACAAGCUGUCCGAUAAUUACUAUCAUGCUGAUAUAUUGGCGCAAGCCCAACAAAUAGUGGACCCAUACCAAAGAUUCGUGGCGGUCGUUCGCUGGUACCUGUCCGGUUUGUCGAAACCCAAGGGUCUGAAGAAGCCUUACAACCCGGUGCUGGGCGAGACCUUCCGCUGCUGUUGGCGUCAUAGCCAGGACUCCUAUACUUAUUACGUGGCUGAACAGAUCCGUAUCCCAUCACCCCCAGUGUCAGCUUUCUACGUGACGAAUAGGAAGGAGGGUUUCGUCAUAGAAGGCAGUCUAUUAGCUAAAUCCAAAUUCUACGGUAACUCAACGUCAGCCAUACUAGAGGGUUGCGUACAUGUUAUGUGUCCCGAUACUGGCUAUCAAGCGGACGUAGAAUUUAAACUAAGGUCGUUCCUAGGCGGUGCAGAUCAGACGAACUCCAUCCAGGGUAGAAUUAAACGUGGUAAAGAAACUGUUGCCGUACUAGAAGGAUAUUGGGACGGCAAGAUUGAUAUUAAGGAUAAGAAGACCGGGGAAGAAUCAAACCUAUUCGACGUGUCUGUACUAAAAGAACAGCGAUUACCUCGAUACCUCAUGAGCAUGGAGAAACAGCAAGACUUCGAGUCUGCCAAGCUGUGGAUCAAAGUCUCUGAGGCCAUACAGAAUGAGGACCAGAUAGCAGCCACAGAGCAGAAGACGAUAAUAGAGGAGGCUCAGCGCGGCCGGGCGCGGAACCUCGUGACGCCGUGGAUGCCGAGACUCUUCCACAGGAACCCGCAUGCUGCGCCGCCUGACGGUGUCACAGAUCAAGGAUGGGUGUACAAUCAUUUAAACACAACGCCAUGGCAAGCAGACGAAAUAAUAGAAUACGAAGAGGAUUUUGUAAUUAAAACCCUUCGAGAAGGACCACCUCCUGUCAAGACCAGUGUGGAAUUGAGACGAGAUCUAGCUAGAAGAAUGUCAGAUUCCGACAGCCAUGAUGAACUGGCUCGACCUAAGAGUUCUGCACGGACACUCAAACAAAGUCUAUACGCCAUAGACACAGCAUUAAGAGAACAAACUCUAGCGAUAGAACGCCUAUCCAAAUCGGUUGAAACUAUCAGCGAAGCCCAGAGACAAGCGGCUUCAAACAGACCUCUGAACGUAGGCCGGGUACCUACAUCCAGUCACUCAUGGGACCUCUUUGGAGGUUUCGUCCUAGCCAUGGUGUUGCAAGCACUACUAAACUGGGUUUUCUACCAAAAGACUGAACAGUGUUGCCACUUUAAAAAUUCAAUGUGAUGUAAGAAAAUUUGAGUAUUUUUUAAUACUAAGA